UUAAGAAUGUAAUAAUAUAGAGAUCCUGUUUAUGGGAUUAAUGGAAGAUCUACAUAUGAUCAAUUAAGAUAUCCUUAAAUGACAAAUUAAGACAUUAAUACUUAAUAUACUUAAAAACCCUUGAAUACAGAAUAUGGAAGAGAAUUGCCUAUGUAAUUUGGAUAAGCCCCUGCAAGAGCUUAUGCAUAAGAAGUAAAGAUUAAAUUUAUAUUUAGUUUUAAUUAUCACCAGAAAUUUAAGCAUUGAAUAAAUAAUAACAAUUUGUUUAGCCUACUCAAAGUACUCCUAUUUUAUAAAAUGUUGUUCAACCUUAACCUAUAUAUUAAGAAAUUCAACAUUAUGAUAAUCCAGUUAAAGUUGUACCUCGAAUUGAUAUUGAAGAACCUUGGAGAAGUAUAAUUAAAUUUUUAACAUAGAUAAAUGUACUUUUCUCGAAAAAUAAAUAUAUGAUCUUUAAUAAGAAAAUUUUAAAUUGAAACAAUAAAAUAUUGCAUCUGAAAAAAUUAGUUAUUUUGAAGAUACAGGAAGAGUGAAUCAAUUGAUGCAAGAAAUGGAUAGACUUAAUAAAACUAUUUUAGAUUUGAAUUCAGAAAUUGAUUAAUGGAGAUUUAGAUAUUCAAGUUUAGAGGAUCAAUUAAAAACUAGAUCUAAUGUUGAAUUGGAAAUUGAAAAAAUGAAAAGAGCUGUUUAAGAUAAUGAAAAUAUUGUUUAAGUUGAAAUGAAUAGAUUAAGAGAAAAAUUGGAUGAAUAGUAAAGAAAAUGCCAAUCUCUUGAAUCUUAUAGUUAUGAAGCUUAAAACUUUUUAGCCAAAUCUAGAACUAAAGAUCAAAAUAUAUGUAAUUGUUAAGAAUUAAUUUUUUAUAGUUAAUCUAUAAUCAGAUUUAAAAAAAGCAGAACUUAAUUUAAAGUUAAAAUAAGAUGAUUUAGAUACUGUUUAAUAAAAAUUAAAUAGAAUGGAAAAAAUAGUUUAAGAAAAUGAAUUCUCAAACCUAGAAAUUUCUAAGUAUGAUUUUAAAUAAAUCUUUUUUAGUCUAAGAAAAAUUAUUGAUGAUAGAAAUAAAGAAAUUGAAAUUUUGAGAAGGUAAAGUCAAGCAUAAACUGUUAAUUAAAAUCUAAAAGAUUUAGAAAACAAGGUUUCGCUAUUUUAAAAUGAAUGCAAUAGAUUAAAUUAAUUGUUAAAUCAUAAAGAAUAGGAGCUUUAAUUAUAUAGAGAUUAAUUAAAAAGAUAAUCUCAUUAUAGUAAUAAAUAAUGA